UGGUUUCUUGCUUCUCGCCAUUUCCAUCCCUUCUCCUUCUGCAAAUUCUGCAGAAGACAAGAGGAAAGGAAUAGGAAAAAACUGAACAAAAAUGGCGACUAUUGUCCCACAUAGAGCGCUGCAAAAUCAAUCCUUUGGACUUCUUAGGCUCUCAUUCAACUUCCUACGGAGCUUGAGCACUGCUGCGCCCUCUACUCAAAACCCUUGUGCCUCGUCGGCGACGAAGAAACGUAAACGAAGAAAAAAGAAUCUGCUUGAGGUAGCCCAGUUCUUGCCCAGCUGGGGUAUUGGCUACCACAUGGCGAAAACUCACUGGACCAAUGUCUCGUAUCAGAUCACCAAGAUCAAUCUCUACAAGGAUGGAAGGCAUGGCAAGGCAUGGGGAAUUGCUCAUAAGGACGGCGUGCUAGCUGCAGAUGCUCCCAAGAAGAUUAGUGGAGUACACAAACGCUGCUGGAGAUACAUUCCACACUUGUCUAAACCAACAGAAACCACUCCAAACUUGACAAAACUGACAGAAAAUGCCACAAAAACUGAAGCUGAGGUAGCUUGAUGAGUUGUCUUAAAUCCUGCAGGACACGGGUUCAAGUAGCUGAGUUGCCAUUGCACUUGUUAGACACGGCUCUUAAGAAUCUGUUUCAAAUUUUGUUCCCUUGAUGUCAUUCUUUGUAACAUUUUCUCAUCUUUGUUUCCUCCAAAGAUAUAGACACAUCUUUGUGAUGCAAUUGGAAUAUAAGUAGGAACUUUUGUAAGAGAGACAUUAUGGUUUCACUUGCUAAAGCCAGGGCUACUGAUGAAGGUAGAAAGGCAAGUAUUGUAUUUGCAUCUUAAGAAUGAGAAUAUGCAUAUAAACUUUUUACUUUACU